CGUCGCGCCAUGCCAUGCCAGCCACAAACCCAAGGCGUCCAAUCAGCUCACAAUUGUUGCAGCUAACUGAGUGCGCGCUUGGACUCGGAGUACGUGUGGUGUGACAGGCUAGAGCUUUGAUCUCUUGGUUGAGGUAAGAUCGAUGGCGGAGGCGAGGAGCGGCGCCGCGCUCGUGGCCGCGGCGGCCGUCGUCGCGCUGCUGGUGCUGGCGCUGGCGCCCGAGGGGUCCCGGGCGGAGCGGUUCAUCGUCGGGGACGCGGCGCGGUGGACGUGGGGGUACAACUACACCGACUGGGUCAUCAAGAAGGGCCCCUUCUUCCAGAACGACACCCUGGUGUUCAUGUACGACCCGCCGAACGCGACGGUGCACGCGCACAGCGUGUACAUGAUGCGCAACGCCGCCGACUACCAGUCGUGCAACCUCAAGGCGGCCAAGCUGGUGGCCGGCGUCACGCAGGGCGCCGGCUCGGGCUUCGAGUUCGUGCUCACGAAGCGCAAGAAGCACUACUUCGUCUGCGGGGAGCGCGGCGGGAUCCACUGCACCAUGGGGCAGAUGAAGUUCAUCGUCAAGCCCAAGAGCUCCGCCUGCCGCGACGACUGACCUGCACAACUGGUGACCGGCCGUCGUCGUCGCAGGCUUCUUCUGCAUGCCGCCUUCUGAUUCCUCUCCUGUUCAAUCGUUGUUCGUGCUUGUAUUAAGUUAUUAAUUGCUGUACUUACACGGUGUCGUGUGGUGUACCUGUAGUGUUUGGUAUUUAUGCAUGAAUGGUUGGCUGAAUAAAGGAGUGUCUUAGUGAGUUGUAAGUUGUCGUUAAUUUGUUUCAGGGGAGAAUGUAAUGAGAAUUGAGGAACUACACGUAGUUGUUGCUUUAAGCUGCCUGCUUUA